GAUUUCGAAGAGGAUUAGGAGUAUCAGCUGACGGACGGCCGCGACCUCUGCUCUCUGGAGGCCCAUUCUAUAGCCAUCGCCAACUCUAGACAGAUAUAAGGUGUAUCCUGCAGGCAUCCUAAAAUUAAGAGUCCGUUAAACAGAUAUAUGACCCAAGAGAUAUCUUCAGAUAAGGCUUUUGUUGUUAUGGCUGUUGUAAGUGCUCAUUUUAUUUUGCUUCUAGAGCCUAAGGGUUGCUGUUGAAACAUGACAAAUAUCUUUACAUGUUAUUAUUAUAGCGUGAUCUUCACGGAUCAUUUCUUGUUUCUGGACAAAAGCCAAGGUAAAGAAAGUCGUUAUCAAUCAAAUAAUCCAUCCCUCUGGCUCUGGUGUUGUAUAGUAUACUUCAGAGUUCAGUGAUGGUUAUAAGGAACACACUCUUAGUUUUGGGACUGGAAACCUUAGGGGAGAGGCUCAGAGGAUCUGGAAAAUUCUUAUUGGAGAUUGCCAUAUCAGUUAUGAAUGUUAAAAUGUAUGAGUUGAGUGUUGAUGCUGCAAUCACUGGCAUAAUGACUCCUCCUUUAGCGGAACUCUAGCAAUCGCUGGCAUAAAUGCCUCCUCCAUUGAUGAUUCCUUAUGUAACUUGCUGUAAUUAGUUCACAAAUGUUUUGUAUAGGAGUUCUUCUAAUGGUCUGAGGUUCAUGAGUAGCUAUUUGCUACGUGCUUUCUAGAAAACAGUUUAAACAUAUAAGAGUUCUUUUCCUUGUUUCAUUCUGCAUUUCUUCAUACUUCUUUAUAGUUCAUUUCUGGUAAUGCCGCUUGCUCUUUGUCUAAUGAACAAUAGAAACUUUC